AUGGCUUCAUCAAGCUGGCGGCUGCUGAAAGGCAAAACAGCCUGCAUCACCGGAGGCACAACUGGCAUUGGCCGUGCGAUAACACUCGAAUAUUUGAGACACGGCGCCAACGUCGCGGUCAACCACCUUGGCCUUCCUAGCGACGAAAAACACAAACUCAGCCUUAUCGAAGAAGCGGAAAAGAUCAGAAAAGAUGCCCCCAAAGAUUCCCCGACGGGCGAGUUGAUUGAGCUUGCAGGCGACGUGACAGACCCGAAUACUGGAAAGGGGCUCGUUGCCGCAGCAGUCAAGAAAUGGGGUGGACUGGAUGUCUUCAUCGCGAACGCUGGCAUUUUCAAGCCAGCUGAGUUUCUCACACUCGAAAAGGAAGUCUUCGAUAAAACACUACACGUUAAUGUCAACGGCGCAUUCUACUCGUGCCAGGCAGCGGCGAACCAGAUGGUUAAGCAAGGACGCGGAGGAUCAAUCAUCGGCAUCUCAUCAAUCAGCGCUCUGCAGGGUGGAGGUCUGCAGACACAUUACACGCCGACAAAGGCAGCGGUCCUGUCAAUGAUCCAGUCAAUGGCAGUGGCUCUUGCAAAGCAUCGCAUCAGAUGCAACGCUCUGCUUCCUGGCACUAUCCACACACAACUGGCGGAGGAAGACAUGCAGAAUGAGACGAAGCGCAAGUAUCUUGAGCAACGUAUUCCAAUGGGCGUGGGCAAGCCUCAUGAUCUGGCUGGGCCGGCGGUUUUCUUGGGUUGCGAGGAAUUAAGCGGGUUCAUGACAGGAUCCCAGAUGUUGGUGGAUGGUGGUAUGUACGUUCAUUUGCAGUAG